AAUAAUCAGCGUUCUACAUCCGUUAGAUAAAUCGAGUUUUUUCGUUCGUCAUAUUUUAAAAGAGAACAUAGACAGACAGAAAUGGUGAAUUGUUUACAUUAUCAUGAAGACGUUGAAUGCACAAUAUUAUACUUGGUUGUUUUUUUAGUUUCUUGUGUGAUUGUAGCAGUAAUAUACCAAAUUGUCAAGCGAAUUUUAAAACAACGGCGGGAUAAAUUGAAACAUGCUGGAGAGAAUCCUCCACAUGCAUUAACGGAAGUAAAUACACAGGAUGUUUUUUUAGUUACUUGUGUGAUUGUAGCAGGAAUAUACCAUAUUUUUAAGCCAAUUUUAAAACAACGGCGGGAUAACUUGAAAUGUGCUGGAGAGAAUCCUCCACAUGCAUUAACGGAAGCAAAUACACAGGGUUCGAAAGAUAAAAGGGCACACUCUAAGGAAGUUCUAGCGGGUUUGAAAAAUGUAAAAGAUGAACAAAAUUGUCGCUGUUACACAAACGAGAUUUGGAAGGAAAAUACCUUGGAUGAACCAGUCGUUGGAGUUACAAGGUCAAAGCCAAUUGUGGAUAGAGACGAACAGAAGGCUGCCAACUCUGUCGCAAAAACAAGCAAUACAAAGGAUAAUAGGAAACAAGUAUUUGUCCUACUUAAAGAUGAUAUACUGAGAGUGUGCAUUGAUACAUUGUUAAAAGGAACAGGACUGAUUCCAAACUACAAUGAGCAAACAGUUUACGAAAACGGAAAGUUUAAGUUUGAAGACGAAACGUCAACAAUUAUUGUUGUCAGACACGGCUCAACUCGUAUAGACUCAGAUGUAGCAGGAUGUUGCAAACACAUCGCAGAUUCGGAUAUGAAACGAACUGUUGUUGUUAUCAUCAAUGAAUACGCCAAUAAUAAAAAGGGUGAACACGGGGAGAUAAUAAAGCCAAACAGCUACGAUAUUGAUAAUAUUAAUGAUCUAAAGAACGUUGUUGUAUUUAAUUAUAAGUGUUGCAUUGAGAAAAAGCAAUGCAAACGCUGUAAAGAUUCUAUGGAUGAAUUCAAGCAGCAUGCAAGUUCACCAAACUACAAAUAAAAUGAAAGACGACAUGCACUUUUAUCAUAAUGUUAUUUUCAUAUAUCAUGAUUUGACUUGUUUAUGAAAUGAAGAUGUUUUGUUAUAUACUCUAUUCUAUCUAUUCAUUGGUGCAUAUUAAUAAUAUGAAACAGGGCAAGCUUAUUCCCGUUGGUCAUAUUCCAUUGAAUAUUGUGCUCUUCAUAGAUGUAUUGCAUAUGAAACAAAACGUAUCUG